AUGGCCCAUGCUCCCCUCCUUCGCAUGAAUACGGGCCCACCUAUGGAUCUCAUUGAUAGAUUGAACGGGAUGAGCACCGCCAGCACGUCGCGCGCGAGCCAGCUGUCUGGCUCGUCGACUUUUCCCGUCACUAACUCCUCCACAUCGGUGAACUCGCUAUCCACCGCCUCAACCAUUGCCGUGCCGCCAAAUGGCCAAGUCGUGGCUACCAGCAAUAUCAUCAACCAGCGGGCCGAUGCGUCCCGGUCGUUAUACCAAAUAUGCGUCUCCCUCAAGCAGAGGUUGGCGAAGGUGCCUGGCUUCGAAGGAUACAUGGAGCAGCUUGAGCAUAUGGCGGCCGACCCGGACGAGGGUGGCCCAGUCGAAUCGCUAUGGAAACUCCUGCGUACCGGAUACCCACUCCUCGCCAUUUACAAUGUACUGCAGCCGGAUACGCCUCUGCAGGUCCAGGAACCCCCAGGCGCGUCCGAAGCGAAGCGGUCCAAAAUCGCCAUCCUCAGGUUCGUCGAGGCCUGCAAGUCCAAGCUGAUGCUUCCGACCUCCGACGUCUUCAUCAUUACCGACUUGACAGGCAACGACACAACGGGCUUUGUCAAGGUUACCUCGGUUAUCAACCAUGUUCUCGAUCUUGCCGAACAACGCGGCCUGCUGCUCCAGAUCCAGCCAUAUCCGGAGGACGAUGCGAUGCAGCCCGGCUCGCAAAUGAGCUAUCGUGACUACAUCGUGCGUGAGCUCGUCGACACAGAGCGGAAAUACGUCCAGGAUCUCGAGAAUUUGCAUGAUUUGAAGAAGACGUUGGAACAAAAUGGCAUCAUCCCAGGCGACGUCGUCCACAACAUCUUCCUCAACAUCAACGCCAUCCUGGAUUGCCAGCGCAAGUUCCUGAUCCGGGUGGAGACAACAAACUCGAUGCCACCAUCAAGACAGGAGUGGGGUAGUCCGUUCGUAGCAUACGAAGAGACAUUUAAUAUGUGUUAUCAGCCCUUCAUUGCGAACCAGCGGAAGGCCGGCCAACUCGCCAGCAAGGUGUUUGACAAGAUUCAAACCGCCGGGCACCCGGUUGCCUGCGAUAUCAACACGCUUGACGGCUUUCUUCUGAAACCCAUGCAGCGCCUUGUCAAGUAUCCGCUCCUUCUCAAGGAUCUUCUGAAAAAGAGUGAAGACGAAGUGACCAAGGCAGAUCUUAGUGCAGGCAUUGAAGCCGCCGAGCGAGUGCUGCAAAAGGCUAACGAGGCUGUGGACCGUGACCUCUUGGAUGAGGCAGUUGAGGACUUGAUCUCCCGCGUCGAAGACUGGAAGAAUCACCGCGUAGACCAAUUUGGGAAGUUGCUCAUGCAUGGUGUUUACACUGUCAUCACGGGCAACGGUGACCAGGAGAAAGAUUAUGAGAUCUACCUCUUCCAGUGCAUACUGUUGUGCUGCAAGGAGGUAGUGCCUGGGAAGAGCAAAGACAAGAAAGACAAGACACGGUCGACGGGACCAAAAGUGCGCAACAAGAAUGCAAAGCUUCAGCUUAAGGGCCGGAUUUUCAUGACCAACGUCACGGAUGUCGUGGCUAUGUCCAGGACAGGCUCGUACACGGUUCAAAUCUGGUGGAAGGGCGAUCCCGGCGUGGAGAACUUCAUGAUCAAGUUCCAGAACGAGGAGACCAUGAAGAAAUGGGCGGUUGGGCUUGAUCAGCAGCGCAAGGCCAACGCGCCCCAACCCCAACAGAGCCUGGAUGAAGCACCGCCGACUUUUGCUUGGAUCAGCAACGUCGUUGGCGACCUGCAGAACCCCUAUAAGGACCCUGAGGACGAGGAUGAUGACGAGGCCAAUGGAAGCCCCUCAGAGACACCUCCGGCUACCUCUCAUCAUAACGCUCCAGUCGCCAUGCCAGGCACAAUGCCGCGCAAUGCCUCCAGCAGCAGCCUAGGCCGCCAACGCUCGGCAACAAAUGAGAGCACUCAUUCUCUCGCGGGUUUUGCUCGGGCACCGCCUCCGCGCGGAUUCCCAAUGGCUCCGCCCGCAAACUUGAGCCUGCAUACACAAGUUCCCGGCCAAGUAUCGCCUUUACCCCGCGGUGGGGAGUCAUAUUUCUCUCCCGUUACCGAUUCUCCGGCGUCUACCCGGACUAGCACGACCAGCGGGAUUUACAGUGCAACAGGGUACCCGUUUCCCAAAACUGGCACACCUAUCAACCCGGAGGAUAGCAACCGGUACACCGCUCCAGCCACGUCCAGGGCUCCCUCUCGAGACGGGUCCUCCCCCGCGAAUGCGUUUGGCACAAACGGGCGCAACCCUCGAGGGCCUUCGAUGCCUGUAAUGCCCCGCGAUUCGGUGCAGUCGGCCCAGCAACAGUCACGCAGCCGGAGCUACAGCACGCCGGACAUCAAUGGGCAACCCGCCCGCAACGGACAGUCGAUACCCGCCGUUCCCGGGAUCCCGGCCCACCUCCAUCAGCACCACCCGGCCCAUCCAACCCAUGUACGACAUGAUUCCAACAUCCCGCGUAGCAAUACCGGCAGCCCCGCCAAUGAGCUCCCCUUGCGGACCAACACGAACUCCCCCGGGACGCAACGUGCAAAGCAGUACGGGGGCACCAUGGCACAGUUUCCUACCCAGCCGAUGUACUCCCGUCAAGGAACACCCAGUAGUGUGACCAAUUUGCCCCCGCCUGGUCCCCCGCCGCCCGGCCCAGCACCGCUUGCGCCUGUUGAUCCGUCCAGGACAAGCGCUCCCGGUGGUCGCACGAUGAUCCCACAAACUCCCGAUAUCGCCAUGCCCAACCAACUCAAGGUGAAAGUCAACUACGAAGCGGGCAACUACUUCACAUUGGUUGCACAGUACAACAUCACCUACCAGAGCCUAGUCGAUCGCAUUGACGUCAAGCUCGCCCGGCUAACCAACAGCAGCAUCGCUAGAGGCGACCUUAAGCUGCGUUACCGGGACGAGGAUGGUGACUUCGUCACGAUCCAAGGUGACGAUGACAUUCAGAUCGCGAUUUCGGAGUGGCGUGAAGUUAACAGCAUUAUGCCCGGUGGUCUCGGCGAGAUUGAGCUGUUCUGCGUAGGCGAAUUGAACUGA